UGCAACAUCAAAUUAUACCAACAACUGACAAUCUUAAUAAAUUUUAUGGUUUAGCACGUUUACAUCGGGUGAUUGAUGGUGCUCUUUAUCGUACAUUUCGUAGUUGCUGUUCAACUGACGGUCAACAACCUAUUAUAUCAUUAUCAUCUGAAUGUUUACUUCUUGUUAUUUCUGCUUCAGAAAUACCUCGUAUUUUACAAAUUGCUCAUGAUCAUGCUACAGCUGCUCAUCUCAGUCGUCGUAAAACAUUAUCUCGGUUAAUUUCACGUGUUUACUGGCCACAUAUGCGCCGUGAUGUUACUAAUUAUGUAAGAGCAUGUACAUUAUGUCAACAAUACAAGCCGACUAAUCAAAAACCAGGUGGUUUUAUGAAACCUAUAAUUGUUUCAGAACCGUGGCAUACAGUCGGUAUUGAUAUUGCUGGUCCAUUACCGAAAACUCGUCGUGCAAAUACUAUAGCUCAAUUAUUCUUCGAUGAUGUUAUUUAUCGAUUUGGCUUUCCUGUUCGUGUCAUAUCUGAUAAUGAAGUUCAAUUUCUAUCUAAAGUAUUUAUUCAAUUAUGCCAUAUACUCGGUAUUCAUCAUCAAUGUACACCUCUUUAUCAUCCACAAAGUAAUUUAAGUGAACGUAUUAAUCGUACUGUGAAACCUAUAUUAGCGUCAUUCGCUCAUAAUGAUUCAAAAUCCUGGGAUGUCAAAUUAUCUCAAAUAACAUUUGCUCUACGAGCUGCUCCAAGUGAAUCAAUAGAAAGUAGACCAGCUUUUCUCAUGUUUGGACGUCAUCCAUAUCAACCCAUCGAUUUAUUACAUCCACCUCCUGCUAUUUCUGAUUAUUUACCAUAUAAAGAAAAUUUAUCUGAUUAUCGAAAACGUUUACUUGCCGAAUUAAUGCCUGCUUACAAAGCUGCACGUGAAUUACUCGAUCUUUCUCAUUAA